GUACCCUGUUCCGGUUUGGUAGAACUGCUUGACGUUCGUGACGUUUUCUGUCAUUACUAAAUAACGAAACAAGUGUGACUUAAUUCAAUGGCACACAAUGCUGAUCAAUGUGAAACCGAACUAGUAAGAUCGAAAUCAGUGGAUGAGAAAGUCGCGGAACUUGAACUGAAGACCCGAGCGCUACACGAUGCAGAACCGCUGGCGAGGAUCCUCGUGCUGUACACAGGGGGGACGAUUGGAAUGGUUACCAAAAAUGGAGUGUAUGAGCCGGAGCCUGACUGCAUGGUGCAGAAACUGAGAGCUCUUCCCAUCUUCCAUGAUGCUGAAUACGGAGAUGCUCAUUUUUGUGCUGAAACAGAGGCGAAUCAUCUCGCUUUGCCGCUGCUCAAAUCGAAGCUGAAAACAGAUGGCCAACAUUCUCCAAAUGGGCUUACAAAGGAGGAGGUCCGAGUGCUGUUCACAGUGGAGGAGUUUGAACCUCUCCUAGACUCGUCCAACAUGAACAUGCAGGACUGGGCCACCAUUGCCCACAGGAUACAGGACAACUAUGACCGGUUUGAUGGUUUUGUUGUUCUGCAUGGCACCGACACAAUGGCGUACACUGCAUCAGCACUCUCCUUUAUGUGUGAACACCUGGGCAAGCCAAUCAUACUCACAGGUUCACAGAUCCCUAUCUAUGAAGUGAGGAGCGAUGGACGAGACAACUUUCUGUCCUCUCUCAUCAUAGCUGGGAACUACUGCAUCCCUGAGGUGCUUGUAUGUUUCAACGAGAAGGUGUUCCGAGGUAACCGCACCAUCAAGAACCAUGGCAUUGAGACCGACGCCACAAGCUUCAGUGCUUUCAAAUCCCCCAACAUGGCCCCCAUUGUUACCCUGGAGAUUGAUAUUUCAGUGGACUGGGCGGAAGUGUUCCGCAGUGGGACCACGGAGAAGUUCAGUGUGGCGACCAACUUCUGCCCCAAUGUGGGACUGUUGAGGAUCUUUCCUGGCAUAACUGCCCAAACAGUGCGAGCGUUCAUGCAGCCACCGAUGCAGGGAGUAGUUCUUCAGACAUAUGGUGCCGGCAAUGCCCCUGACAAUCGAGACGACCUGCUGCAACUGUUCCGAGAAGCCACCAACUGGGGCAUCAUCAUCAUCAACAUCACCCAGUGUACUCACGGCAGAGUUUCCACAUCCUAUGCAACAGGGAAGGCCUUGCGUGAGACAGGGGUGAUACCAGGGGGGGACAUGACCCCUGAGGCAGCCCUCACCAAACUUGGAUACGUUCUCAGCAAAGAUAGCUGGUCACUGGACAAGAAACGGAAGAUGAUGAGUCGCAACCUGCGUGGAGAGAUGACCACAUCCAUCCAGGAAGAAAUCUCCAUCAUGGACCAUGAGCUGAUUGAGAGCGUAGCCAGGACCCUGAGCCUCAGCAGCAAGGAUGAGAUUGUGAAGCUGCGUGAUGCUCUGUACCCCAACUUGAUGUGUGCUGCAGCCAACACCGGAGACAUACCGGCUCUGGAGAAGUUACGCCAGACUGGGGGUCAUAUAUCUGCCGCCAACCAAGAUGGCCGCACGGCGUUACACAUGGCCUGUCAGGGUGGUCACUUCUCCACCGUGCAGUACCUGCUCCACCAUGGGGCAUCGGUCCACAUCAAGGAUUACCAUGGCGACACCCCAUUGAUUAAUGCCAUCAGUGGGAAGCACAUGUCCAUUAUCACGCUGCUGGUCCAGACUGGUGCUGUCAUUCCCCUGAAACCUGAGAAGAUGGCGGUGGAACUGUGCAGUGCUGCCUCUCAAAACGAUGUAGAUACAAUCAAAGCAUGGCAUGAGGCUGGAGCUGACCUCAACGCCUGUGACUACAACUACCGAACUGCACUACAUGUGGCCGUGUGUACCUAUAACACUGAAGUCGUACAGUACCUCCUCAACAACGGUGCCAAAACAGAUAUACAAGAUAUAUUUGGUAACACACCCCAGUCACAUGCAGAGAAGCUAUGCUAUCCUGACAUCUUGAAGAUGAUGGGUCAAGAGCCAGCUGUCAAUCACUCUGAGUGACAGUUGAACAGACAAUCAGAUCAAAUAUGGGUGUAAGCUGUGUACAACUGUAUCCCUUGGGUAUGAUGGUGAUGACAGAGGAUGUGAGAGUGAGAUUAUCCCAACAUAGCCAGUAAAUAUGGUGUGUUCAUUCUAAAGUAGUGCUCAGUGUUCUGUGAACAUGUGUAACAGUUCAUUUCAUUGUUUGUGUGAAAACAUGAACAUUUACUUGAGCAAGCACAGUUACUUUGUUAUUUGAAAUUGCAGAUAAUUGUAGGAUGGAUGACAUCAUCUUUACUGUCUGGUUUCAAGUAUUCCACAAUAUGUGAAUGGUCACAUUACCUUGCAAAAUACAAAGUCAGAUAUUGUGAAAAAUAUUUUGGAGCCAGACACUUAUAGGAUAUUGAACUAGACAUUUGACUUCUGAUAUACAGGUAAAACCUGUCGAGGAUAUAUUGUUAUGUAUUUAGAAAGAAAUUAUUGUGAAUGUGUUUAAAGUAUGAUGUUAGUGUAAAUUAUCAUGAUGAGUGUGGAGAUGAUGAUGUGGUUGUUUUAUCUUCUGAUGAUAAUGUGUUCAUUUUGCCAAAACUACUUUAAGAUCUUUCAAGUUCUGUCAGUGAUUUGUCCAUUGUAAAUCCCUGUUAACACAAAUAUUCCACAUGAAAAUAAGCAAAGAUUUGCUUCACAAAGACUAUAGAGGACUGAACAAGGACCACAUAGGACUUAACUAAGAUCAGAGAUUACUUAACAAAGUCCACUUAGGACUUAAUGAAGACUACAGGGGACUUAACAUUGUCCAGUUAGGACCUAAUGGAGACAACAGAGGACUGAACAUGGACCAUGGAGGACUUAACAAAGGCCACAGAGGACUUAACUAAGAUCAGAGAUUACUUAACAAAGUCCACUUAGGACUUAAUGAAGACUACAGGGGACUUAACAAAGUCCAGUUAGGAGCUGAUUGGAGACAACAGAGGACUGAAAAAAGACCAUAGAGGACUGAACAUGGACCAUAGAGGACUUAACAAAGGCCACAGAGGACUUAACUAAGAUCAGAGAUUACUUAACAAAGUCCACUUAGGACUUAAUGAAGACUACAGGGGACUUAACAAAGUCC